AUGGCUAACCUUCCCGGAAUCGUCCCUUCUACUGCUGAGUAUCGACAAUUGGAGACCACGUAUGGCUUAUCCUCCUUAGAAGGUGUGGAAUUUCCCUCUCCUGGCUCUAGAAUCUCUUCCCCUCCCCCUGGGAAAAUUGGGGUUUUCCUGAAAACCCUGGAUGCCGGUAUACGAUUUCCACUGACAGAAUUUCAGGAGGAAGGCAAACGGGUACCUUCCGACUACUUUGUCUUCAAGUUCUUCUUUCGAUUAUGCAUCACCGGAGACAAAUGUACCAUCUCAGUUUGGCGAGGGGGACACGCCUUAGUUCCCGAUGGGUGUACCCCUAAGAACUGGAAGGAUAAGUGGUUAUGGAUGAAUCAGGAGCUGGUUGGAAGUGGCCGCUACCGUGCCAAUGCAUUCUCUGAUACCAUUCCUAAGCUUUUCCACCACAACCAGGGUGUUGCCGAUUAUCUGAAGAGUGUGUAG